GUAGUAGCUACAGAUUUGACUCAGGUCCUUAUGAUACAGCGCUUGCAGGGCCUCAAGUUAUCAAGUCAAGUAUCAUAUUCUACAGUUGAAUCGGCUGACCCAAUAACAGUUGGUGAAGUGACAUUCUUACCAGCACUGGCUAGCGUUCACUUCACAUCAGUCACUAGUGCUUCUGUUCUCUUCCCUAUUGACGUGGGCAAUGCAACUAUACAAUUGAAUAUCAUAUCAGCCGAUGUAAUACCAAGAGCUUUCUAUGUUACCCUGUCAGUCCCAACUGAUAGCAGCAGUGUGUUACAGAAUGAGAGAGCAGUUGUUGUCAUCAAUCAUCCUGGGACUGAAAGUGACUUGUAUACUGACUAUCUAACUGCUUACCAUUCAACCACACCAUCUCAACUGAGCAGUGCUGCUACUGAUAUCUUGAACAAGCUCAGUAAUGGUGCAGUGUCUGGUCGUAACGUAUCACUGUCUACUACAAUGAAACUAACCAUUGAAGAGAUCAUUAGCACUGUCACUGAGAGUGGAAUAAGUUAUCCUGCAUCUCUCCAGUCAACAAUGGCUAGCAUAUUUAAUGCAAUAAUAGGAAGUGGUACUUAUGAUGAGCAGUUUAGAUAUGCUCUUACUCUGAAGAGCUUUGCACGCUCACUUGUAACAGGAAGACCAUGUGAUGGACAAAGUGUGUCAAUAUCGACUGUCUCCCUACAGAUAAAUUCAGGACGCUAUACACCAUCUUUAUUGAGCGGGAUGACCUUUACAUCAGGAGUCAAUGAUUACAUUAGACUAUCAAGCUCUGCUCUACCAAUUACUUCAGAGUGUGUAGAUGCUCAUUUCAUUGAAUACACUGAUGCCAGUUUAUACAAGUUACCACUAUUAGGCAUGAAGGUAAUGGUAUUGAGCCUUGAUAAUCCUUCAGUACCAACACUGCCUAAUCCAGUCACUUAUCGUGUAUAUUCUCCUAGCGGAACUAUAUACCCAUCAGAUCAAGAUUGUCUCGUAUGGAGUUAUCCUACCGAUGACAGUGGGACGGGAUCCUGGGAUCAAAGUACUUGCACACUAGCAGAGGCAUCAAUAUUAGAGCGAGAUUAUGUUGAGUGUCAGUGCCAGUUGGUUGGUGAUUAUGCUGUUGGUAUCCCUCCAAGCUAUGGCUGGCCACUCCCUGGCCCUAUAUCUUCUGGAUUUGUUGUGUUGGUGAUGAUAUUGAUAAUAGCUCUACACACUAUUUACUUCAAGAGGAUAAAACUAGGCACACGUAUAUUGAUAUUUGUGUGUCUCUCUAUUGCUCUCUUCCAAAUAAUAUUACUAAUUGAUAUGGUAGUGGCUCCUACAGUUAGUACCAAUGGCUGUAUUGCCCUUGGAUUAUUACUCCAGCUAACAGUAUUAGCUCAAUUUGUGUGGAUGUUUGUACUGGUAAUGUCAUUGUGGAUGAACCUAAUGGGAUUGACUGAUGGAAAUGAGCCACUCAUUAUCUACAUAUUUGUAGGCUGGGGUAUUGCUAUAGCCAUUGUAAUAGCAACCAUACUGAUAUCACUCUUUGGAGCUGCUCAGAGCUGGAGUGAUAUAUACGGAAGAGUUGGAGGGCUUUGCUUCAUGCCUUCUCCUGCUAUAGCGGGUGUGUCAUCAGCAUUGCCUAUCAUACUGGUCCUACUGAUUGGUGUUGGAAUUCUCUCUCAUUCUUGCUUCUACUGGUCAAAAUGGGAAGACUUCAAGAGCUUGUACAAAGACACAUUUAACAAGAGAGAAAUACCACUCCUACUGACCUUUAUGGCCAUCAUUGUCAUCAAUAUCGUGUUUGGUGCACUUCAUUUAUACCUCCAACAGAUUUACCUCUUCUUUUUGUUCUUUGCAUUCAACAUCAUUGAGGGUAUUUAUGCUCUCAUUGUGUACUUGUUUGUAAGCUGGCAUACGCUAACUUGGAAGCACAAGCAUUAUCCUAUUAAAGAAGAUGUUGAGCCACUGACCAUACCAGAGGAGCCAGAGUUUAUGGGAGAGCAUUAUCCAAGCAUGUAUGGGUCCCAGUUAUCACUUUUGCCAAGAACAUCCACACAUAACAAGCUUAGUUCUCAUGGUCAAAUCGGAUCACAAGAGCACAUAAUGAUGAAAAGGCUCUCCCCUCCACCAACCACAGCUACUCCCAGCGUUCACUCGUCGGUGAAACCCUCUCAUACCUCAAAAAAGAAAAAGAAGCAGAAACAGAAACAGCAAGAAAAACGAGCGGACUCCUCGCUCCCUCCUUCUCUCCCUCCCUCUCCUCCCCCGAUUGAAGAGGUCCAGGAGAAAGACGGUGACAGUGAUUCUGGGGAGUCUGGUAGUUAUGCCAUUGCUAGGGCAGGGGACUCUGAUGGCGGAGAGUCUGGCUCCCAUAUGGAUAAUCUGAUGUUUGCACUCAAGACAGGAAUAUCUUAUUCACAAGAUGAAGACUCUCAGCCUCCCAUCGAAGGAUUUGCUAGGAGAGGAAAGCAACCAGCUGCAGCAACAGAACAAUAUCGCCUUAGACGUAUUUCUAUCGCAGACACUCACCUUUGAUUUAUUAUCAUUAUAGUAGGAAUUAUUGCAAACUGCAGUUUAUUCUCUUUUAUAAAACAUCAGUAACAUUACUUUUUAAGCACAUAUACAUUUAUAAUUAUUAUUUUGUUUAGUAAAUUAUUAUGAAGUACACUGUAUAUGCAUGAGCCUUUUUUUUAUCUCUAUUUCUAUAUUUAUU